CGAGCGACACGUGAUGCUCUUCAUUUUAUUUAUAAUAUAGUUUACGAAAGCUUACAACAAUUUAGUAUUAUACGAUGUAAAUGAUUUAGAAGUUUGCAACAUGAUUCAUUGAAAUAUUUGACGAAAGAUUUCUUUUUAUUAAGAUUUUUCGUCGACAAUGUUUAGUAAAAUGUUAAGUUUUUAGUUAUAGAGCAUGUAUUAUAAUGUGCAAAAAUACAGAAACUGAUUGCCGCCUCAUGUUCUCUAUUUAAAUGCAAAACUAUGUCUAUAAAGAAGGAAACCCGUUCGGAUGUUCAGUUGCACUUGGCUGCCUUACGAGGCGAUGACAGGGGCUUGAUAAGAGUCUUGGACAGCGGCAAAGUUCACGUGGACUCAAGAGACAAGGAUUAUACGACACCGCUUAUUUUAGCUGCAGCCGGAGGUCAUCUUAAUUGUGUUAAGGAAUUAUUAAAUCAAGGAGCUGACCCACGAGCCAGAAGGACGACUGGUACAACUGCAUUAUUCUUCGCAGCUCAAGGUGGUUAUUUAGAGGUUGCAAAAGUUUUAAUCGAGGCCGGCUCACCUAUUGAUUGCCCUAGCAUAGAUGGAGGUACGCCUCUCUUCGUAGCCAGCCAAUGCGGUCAUUUGCACGUCGUCAAAGAGUUACUAUGCAUGGGCGCCAAUGUCCACGCCGCUAUGACCGAUGGGGCAACCCCGUUGUUCGUGGCGGCUCAAAAUGGGCAUGCAUCGACCGUGGCGCUAUUACUUGCGGGCCGCGCAAGGGCCGAGGCCCAGAGGUCUGACGGCGCAACCGCGCUCUGGAUCGCCAGUCAAUGCGGACACGAUCACGUUGUGAGAUUGUUACUUAAAGAGGGAGCGGAUGUUAAUGCAACUAGACAUGAUGGGGCCACUGCAUUGUUUAAGGCGGCUCAUAAGGGUCAUUUCGCGGUUGUCGAGGAACUCUUAAAGUACAAACCAAAUUUAGGGCUACUACCGAAUGGUGAGACCGCCCUGCACGGCGCAUGCCUCUUCGGCCACCUGACAGUGGUAAAACUGCUGAUAGCAGCUGGUUGCGACCCGACUAUAUGUAAUCAGGACGGUGUCACGCCACUAGAACUCGCUAAAGAACACCGUUGGACUGAUGUCGUUCAAUAUUUAAGUAAAAAACUAUAA